CGGAGAGAGGGAAGCAUGUGAGGUAUAGGAGGAACUGUGCUGGGUAUGGCAGCCGUACCUUCUUUCGACCGUGGAUACACCUCGUUCGUACCGGGCGAAACGUCGCGCUUUGAUGGAUUGAAAUGACACCUCGAAAGAACGGCAAAGACAGGGAGGCGCUCGAAACACUCGGAGAUGCAUGCACAAACUCACGGGGGAAGACAAAGGGGCUCGUAAGUCCCGUAUCGAUGGGGGAGGGGGAGAGGAAAGAAUGAAAGAGGGGGAGGGGGCCGAGGGAAAGCAAGGAAACCAAGCACCUGAGAGGAAAGGGAUGAGAACAGCAAUUGGUGGGGUUCUUGAUGAGGGCCUCUUCUUCUCUGAAAGUAGACGAUGCUGCGCGAAGGUAGGGAAGCAGGCCAUCCGUUCAAGCGCACCAAGGACCUUUCCCCAAUGAAUAAGCAUCAUCAUUAGCGAUGGCGACGGUGAAAUAACGUGUGCGCGGAAAAAUCGAUGUUCUUCCGGUUGCUUGUCGGAGGCUUGUCUCCAUUCUCCUCCCCUUCUUCCUCGCUCUCCUUCAUUGCUCUCACAUGUUCAUCAAGUCAUCAGUGUCGGCGCUGCCUCACCCGAAUCGACUCAAGAGUGCGCAGGGAGCUCCGCGGCUUGUCACGUCGUAGGUGCAGCGCCACUGUUUGCAGAGUUGGGGAAGAUUCGGAAAAGGAUGCACGCACGUAGAGUCACAGCAGGCAUAUGCGACCUGCGACGAUCCUUUCUGCCACAGCCGUUCGUCGCGGGAGGUUUCAACACCUCCGUUCCGCUUAAUAAUCAGCCGCUGGAAUCGUGUUUGGCGUGCUUCUGACGCUCCUCAUUCCCCUGCUCCUGCUGCUGAGACGCGCAGAAACUCCGGGUUGGAUGAUCAUCGAUGUGGCCGCUGUCAUCCGUCCGUCCAAACCGCUUACGCGUCGUUCAUGCUCGAAACGGGCACGGCAAGAUAAGAGGGAGUAAUUGGCUAACUCGUUGGCAUAGUCGACCGGAGGGCAGUGAAUGAGAAGCGGGCCAACCCCACCGUUGAGACUGGCGGUCUUCCUCUGGUUCUGUUCGCCAUCGUCGCCGCGAGUUGAAGGUCCGACUGCUAACGUGCUCUUUUCCGCCGUUAUUGUCAGUGGCGUCGACGCCGACUCCGCCCCUCCUCCCUCUGUCCAUGUCUGCGCUUAUCUCCUCGAAAAGUCCACGAACAAGAAGAACCCGGGGAAUCAAAGUUCGCUCCCUGGCUGCGCUCACAUGCAUUGUUUUCUCCGUCUAUCUCCGUCUUUCUCUCUCUCUCUCUCUCUCCCUCUCUCUCUUUCCUUGUCAAGCAGAAAGUCAUCCUGCUCCCGAUUGCCGGUUAGCAGCUGCCGACGCGUGGAGUCUUCAUUAUCCUGCUUUUUCUAUUUUCUAUCUCUUCUGCUAGCACUGGUACGAGCAUUACAACGAAGUACGGGCUAGACCAUCGGGUUAAAAUUUUGUCUGCUCGGAGGAUCGACUGGUGCUGAGUGACUAAUUUGUUAUUAUGAAUAGAUGGAAACUCUGAGCGUGCCAUCCCCAUCCCAGGUGCAGCAGAAUCAAGGGCGGGAUCGACUGCGCUCGGCGGAGAGCGAUAUUCUAACAGCAGCGACAGCGGCCGCCGCUGCCGCCGCCGCCGCUGCGGUCGCCGCUGCAGCAGCCAUAGCGGGGGACUCGACCACGACGGGGAGUCUGAUGAAUGCUCAAGAGGUAAGCAACUCUCAGUCGGACACGGAGUCUCUCGGAAGGGCGACGUAUGGGGGACAAAGCAUCACAAGUCUGGAAAGUGUCAACAAUGGUUCCUCGGAGAAGGGUUCAUCCUUGUCGGCCACUACUUCUUCGGCUGCAGGAGGAACGGUUGUCAAUCUCCCUCAACAUCAGCAACAUCAGCAGCAACACAAGCCUCCACGUCCUUCCUCUUCACAUGCGCAGUCCUCUCAUCCGGUGGGUGAAUCUGUGAGUAGACAGUCGUUCAGAGAAAAUAACAACAAUAUGGGCACGGCGGUUCAUUCGUCCGAUGUUUCUAACGUUCUUCAGGCAAACGGAAGGAUUGAUCACGGCGAUGACGACGGCGAAAUCAACGGUGGGGCAAUGGACAAUCGCAGUGAGAUGAGUAAUGACAGUAUGCGGGAGCUGGAAGAUUUACUGACGAAGUUAAAUCCCUUGGCUAAGGAGUUCGUGCCCCCCUCUCUACGAGCUGUCGGUGUCGGUCCCCACUCCGUCCAGCAGCAUGCCGAAGGCGGAUCAUCAUCGUCUUCGUCAUCGUCAAUGAAUGCUAGAGGGAACACAGCAACUGCUCCAAGCGGCCAAGUCCAAAGAAAGAAAAAGAACGGAUACAGCAGCGGAGGAAGGAGACGAAGCUCCAGAACAAGCAGAGCUCAGCAAGAGGAUAGUGUGAGGAGGACUGUAUAUGUCUCUGACAUUGACCAGCAGGUGACAGAAGAGCAGCUGGCAUCCCUCUUCAUCUCAUGUGGACAGGUUGUGGACUGCAGGAUGUGUGGAGAUCCAAACUCAGUGCUUCGCUUUGCCUUUGUUGAGUUCACAGAUGAAGCUGGUGCUCGAAAUGCUUUGCAGUUGGCAGGAACGGUGCUUGGGUUUUACCCUGUAAGAGUUCUUCCGUCCAAGACAGCAAUUGUCCCAGUCAACCCGACAUUUCUUCCGAAGUCAGAAGUUGAGAGGGAGAUGUGCGCAAGAACCAUCUAUUGUGCAAAUAUUGACAAGAAGGUGGGCCAAGUCUUGCUUCCUGCAUGGGUAUCUGGCUCAGCCACCUGGCAACCAUUCACGACGUCCAGGUCGAUCUCUUGGGAAGAGUUAACGAGGCUAUGGAAGAAGCGGUUCAUCGUGGACGACGCCCCGACACUCGCCAUCAACCGCCUCUUCGCCAUGACGCAAGGCAACACAUCGACACGCAACUGGCUCACGGAAUGGCAAAAGAUCGCGGCAACGCCCGAUCUCGAAUUGCCAUUUUUGCAUCUGCGCCGAGAGUUUUACAGCCGGUUAUGUGCCGCCUUGAGCCUUGCACUUGGUGAUCGCGAGCAAUACACGACCUUCGCUGAAAUCAUCGACAAGGCAAGGGAGAUCAUCAAGACUAACAGGGCGGUUGCACAUGAGAAGUCAGCGUGGCAGCCAACCUAUGUGGAGAAAGGAAAAUUAGGUUUGCGGCCGCGGCAUGUCACUGCAGUCCAACCGGACAACAUUGUGGAAGAACCGGCAGCCACCCAAGCAUCACGUGAGGGAGACCAGGUGGCCGUUGUCCAGCCGCGAAGCAACAACUCCCGAGGAAAAGGGAAGGCGAAAACUGCAUCGCCGGCCGAAAACGGACAGCCAGCACCAUGGGUCACUUCGCCGCCAUCUAUCGUCGGGGAUUCGACGACAUGGUCAGGACUUGAAGAGCUCGACCCGUUGACGUUUGCGGACUUCCAAUGGACGCCCCUUCCCCCGUCCGGUCGAUUGCCGAAACCGCAUUGCAACGUCCUCAUGGCACGAUUGCGGGAUUACUUGCACACUGCAGUACCAACUCCGUUGAUGGACGCCGGAGUAGAGGUUGUCGACCUUCAUGACUACGUUGCAAAGAUCGAUCGCGAGUUCAAGACACAACGCUGCCACGUGGUGUCCGCCGCAAGCAUUCGAGCUUCCAUCAUCAGGGAUGACAUCGAGGAGAUGGGGGUGUGUUUUCUCCACGCCCUCCCGCCCCAAGACAUUCCAUCGACGGACUCACCACCGGACCCACGCAUCAUCGAGCUUCUCGACGCCUACGGCGACGUGUUCGAAGCCCCGCACGGAGUAGUACCGGAUCGGCCCAUCCGCCACGAGAUCAUCCUCGAGGCCGGGGCCGUACCACCGCGUGGUAGCAUCUAUCGCAUGAGCGAGGAAGAGUUAAGUGUGCUACGGGCACAAGUCGACGACCUUCUCGAGAAAGCCUGGAUUCGGCCUAGCUCUUCGCCAUUCGGUGCCCCCGUUCUCUUUGUCCAGAAGAAAAACAAGGAUUUGCGGUUGUGCAUCGAUUAUUGCAAGCUCAAUGCGCAAACCGUCAAGAACGCCGACCCUCUUCAGCGCAUCGACGACCUCGAACGCAAUAUGGGCGGCGCAAAAUUAUUCUCCAAGCUUGACCUCAAAUCGGGAUAUCACCAACUCGAGAUCCGGCUGGAGGACCGCUACAAGACCGCGUUUAAAACGCGAUAUGAGCAUUUCGAAUGGCUGGUUAUGCCUUUUGGCCUUACGAAUGCCCCGACCACAUUCCAAGCGGCCAUGACAAUGGAGUUCCGACACAUGCUGGAUAGAUUCGUACUCGUCUACCUCGACGACAUCUUGGUGUACAGCCGGAGUUUGGACGAGCAUGUGGAGCACCUGCGCACCGUUUUGGAGCGGCUACGACAAGCCAAGUACAAAGCCAACCACGACAAAUGGGAAUUCGCGCGGCAAGAGCUAGAGUACUUGAGACAUUAUGUGACGCUGCAAGGCAUCCGUCCGCUCGCGGACAAGAUUGAGGCCAUCCGCGUAUGGCCCAAGCUCACCAACACCACGGACGUUCGCUCAUUCAUGGGGUUGGCAGGCUACUGUCAACGCUUCAUCAUUGGGUACUCAAGGAUUGUCGCACCUAUGACGAGAUUACAAUCGCCAAAGGUGCCAUUCGUAUUCGAUGACGAUGCACGCCGGUCAUUCCAAGCACUCAAGACGGCCAUGCUCAUGGCACCCGUCCUUAGCAUGUACUACCCCACCCCGCCAACGAGACUGACAACCGACUCUUCCGGCUAUGGCAUUGGGGCAGUCUUGGAACAACAGGACGGCGACGAGUGGCACCCCGUGGAGUAUUUCAGGCACAAAGUGCCUCCCAUCAAUUCACUUGAUGAUGCGAGGAAGGAGCUGCUCGCGUUCGUGAUGGCUCUCAAGCGACAGUGGCAAUUCCUCCUUGGGCGUCGUAGGUUCACAUGGGUCACGGACAACAACCCAUUGACCUACUACAAGACGCAGGAUACAGUGAGCAACACGAUCGGACGUUGGAUGUACUUCAUCGACCAAUUUGACUUCACACCGAAACAUCUCGCCGGCCUGUCCAAUCGCGCAGCAGAUGCACUCUCGCGAAGACCCGAUCUUUGCGCUAUGACACAUCAUGCCUUCACAUUUGACGAGGAACUUCAGCAACACUUCAUCCGGGGCUAUGAGUUUGAUCCGGAUUUUUCCACGUUGUAUGCGCAACUAUCUUUGGAUCACCCGCCAGCCAGCCACUAUCGCAUCGCCGACGGGUACUUGCUCCUCCACUCGAGAGGCAAAGACUUAUCGUGUCCCAUGGGACCGUCGUCGUCGGACUCGCCUUCUCGGUGGGCGCGGCCGUACUCGUCGUGUGCAGGUGGCGUGCGCGGGGAGUCCCAGCUAUGGCGCCAGAAUCUGCGAAAUCGUUUUGAGAUGGUCUUCAACAGCUUUGGUGAACACCGAAAUGUCGUUCGGAUACGCCACAACAAACUUAUCCAAGUAUGUCGAGACGCAUUGGUAGAUGAUAUUGUUAAGUACAACAUCCGGGUAGAUCCGCACCUGAAGGAAGAGUCUGAUGAUGCCGAAAUCAGCACACUACACGCCGCCAACAGCCAGCAGCAAACACUCAAUGACCAGCUGCAGACCGAUGUCAGCAUAGGGUUGGCACAACUGUUGACAGCUGCGUCAACGGGCAGCGCAAUGGCAGACUGCAGCCUAGCUUUGGCCGUGCAGGCCAAACAACUCGAGGAGCGGAUCAACCACGUGGUCGCCUCCCUUGGCAACAUCAGCAAGUUUGUUGGAGCGUCGACACUCAGCAAUCAUCUGCAGACGCUCAGCGACCACGUUCAGCAACGGCCGGCCGCUGUCGCCAAGGAAUGGAAGAUGCCGAACUUCAAGAUCGAGAAGUUCGACGACUAUCACAAGACUGAUCCGUUGCAAUGGUGGAUGGCAUUCAACGCAGAGGCGGGCGUGCAUCACACUCCAGCACUGCGGCGGCUUGACGCACUCUACCUCCAACUCAUUGGAGGGGCGCAGGCCUUCAUGACGCACAUGGCAGUCACAUUGGAAUGCACCAUCGCCACCAUCACACCAAGACCAGAAGAAAUGGAAGACCCAGUUCAUGUACCACCUCCGUCAACAGACGGCGGAGUAGCGGUUGUUGACCUUCAUAGCUAUCUUGCGAAGAUCGACCGCGAGUACGCAAUGCAACGGUACGUCGACAUCGACGUGCCGCUCCUCUACAUCCGUAUUCAGAUCAGAAAGGCGACCUCCAGUGCCCUGAUCGAUUGUGGAGCGACUCACAACUACAUCAGCCAAGACUUCAUGGCACGCGCUGGGCUUGGCCCGCGCAUUCGAAGGAAAAGUCAGCCUACGCACGUCACGUUGGCCGAUGGUCACGCGCAAAAGUCAAUCGACCGCUGCGUUGACUCGGUGCCCGUGUACUUUGCCCCGCUAGCAUGCGAGGCCGUGUCAUUCGACAUAUUGGACACUAAGUUCGAUAUGAUCUUAGGCAUGUCGUGGUUGCAAAGCGAAGACCAUCCGGUGAACUUCUAUCGACGCACUGUUCACGUUCGUGACUGGCGUGGCGAAUUAGUCCCGUGUACGGUGCCUCCUCCUCAUCCUUCGAUUGGUUGUCACGUGGUUUCCGCGGCGAGCAUUUGCCAAUCCAUCCGGCGGAACGACAUGGAGGAGAGGGGCAUAUGUUUUCUUCACGCCCUACCACCCGGUGAUCAGCCCAAGACGGUUACGUUGGACCCACGCAUCAUCGAGUUGUUGGACAGCUAUGAGGAUGUCUUCCAAGCUCCCGCCGGAGUAGUACCGGAUCGGCCCAUACGCCACGGGAUCACUCUCGAGGACGGCGUUGUACCUCCGCGCGGAUGUAUCUAUCGCAUGAGCGAAGAGGAGCUUCAAGUGCUUCGGGCACAACUAGACGACCUCUUGGCCAAGGGCUGGAUUCGCCCUAGCUGUUCGCCAUACGGUGGUCCCGUUCUCUUCAUCCGGAAGAAGAACAAGGACCUUCGUUUGUGCAUCGAUUAUCGGAAGCUUAAUGCACAAACAAUCAAGAACGUCGGCCCUCUCCCUCGGAUCGAUGAUCUUCUCGAGCGGCUAGGCGGCGCCAAGUACUUCUCGAAGCUUGACCUAAAGUCCGGAUACCACCAGAUCGAGAUCCAGCCAAGAGAUAGGUACAAGACCGCGUCCAAGACGCGAUAUUGGCACUUUGAGUGGAUCGCCAUGUGUUUCGGUCUCACCAAUGCCCCGACUACUUUCCAAGCGGCUAUGACAAAGGAAUUUUGCGACUUGCUCGACCGCACCGUACUCGUUUACCUUGAUGAUAUCUUGGUUUAUAAUCGGACGCUGGACCAGCACCUCGAGCACCUUCGCGCCGUGUUGGACCGGCUCCGUAUCGCCAAGUACAAGGCAAACCGCGAGAAAUGCGAGUUUGCCCAGCAAGAGAAGUACUUAGGCCAUUACGUUACGCCGCAAGGCAUUCAUCUGCUCGCGGACAAAGUGUACUACCGACGUCCGCUCCUUUCUUGGCUUAGCAUCUUACUACAUGCGCUUCGGCAAAGGGUUUCAGCAAAUCGUUGCACCAUUGUCGCGACUUCAGUCCCAUUGGUGCCCUUCGAAUUCAACGACGAAGCCCGUCAUGCGUUUCAUACGCUGAAGACGGCUUGCUCCAAGCUCCCGUCUUAAGCAUCUAUGACCCGACCUUGCCUACCAAAGUGACUAUGGAUGCUUCCGGUUACGGCAUUGGCGCGG